AUGUCGAGCCCCUAUGCGGCCAACGGCGCCGCGGCAGGCGCUGUAGGCCAAAGGAUCCUCGUCGUAGGAGGAGGAGCAGCCGGCCUCGUCACGCUGCGCAACCUGCUCGACGUCAAGACGCCCUCGGGACAGCCAGCCUUUGACGUGACGCUCGUCGAGAGGCGUGACGAUGUCGGCGGAGUCUGGUACUGGAGCGACGAAACCUAUCAGCUGGAGCGCAGCCUCUCGCCGGACCGCACCCAGUCCGUCUGGCCGCUCAAGGACCAGAGCGGGCGCCCGCACUGGCCAAGCCCCGCCUACCUCAACCUCAAGGGCAACGUCCUGCCCGAGUACCUCCAGUUCGCCGGCCACCCGUUUCCUCCGCCGUCUCAUGGCGACACCUUCCCGACGCUCAAAGAGACCCACGACUACCUCCGCUCCUUUGCCAAGCCGCUCGAGUCUCACAUCCGGCUGGGCAUCGAGGUCCUCCGAGUCGAAGAGCUCCUCCAAGGGGGCUGGGAGGUCGAGUGGAAGGACUGGAACCGAUCCGCAGACCGCCAAGCCGACCGUGCUUCGUCAUCCUCGGCACCUUUGCAGCAGACGAGUGGGCCCAGCCAGGAGACGACGGUGCAGCGCUUCGACCGCGUCGUGGUGGCAUGCGGCUGGUACGACACGCCCCUCUACCCAAAGGCCGAGGGGAUGGCCGAGGCCAGGCGGGCGGGCUUCGUCCACCACGCCAAGCACUACCGCGACUCAGCCACCUACCGCGGCAAGAAGGUCGUCGUCGUGGGCAACAACAACUCCUCCAACGAGGCCGCCGCCCAUCUCGCAGUCCACAACACCCGCGAGCAGCCCGUCUACAAGUCGGCCAAGCGGCCACCCGUCGUCAAGUGUCCCUGCCUGCCCGACGAGCGGAUCAGGGACGUCGGCGUCAUCGCGAGGUACGAGCUCGUGCCGCAAGAGACGGGCUCUCCGCGGCUGCGAGUUCACAUUGAGGACGGCACCGUCAUCGAGGACGUCGACUAUGUCCUCCUCGGCACCGGGUACGGCCACAGCUUCCCCUUUGUCCGCGUGCUGACCGACGAGGCCAGGACAGCGCAGCGGCAGCAGACGCAAAAGCUCACGCCGCCCGAGCUCCAGGGCGUACGGGUGCCCAACCUCUUCCGCCACAUCCUCUUUGCCAAGUCGGCCGACCUCAGCCUGGCAUUUGUCGGCGUGGUCGUGAGCUUCUUCCCCUUCAACAUGGCCGACCUCAGCUCGCGCUGGCUCUCGCUCGUGUGGAGCGGCAGGAUCCGCUCCGCCGUCCCCGCCUCGGUCGAGGAGAGGCUGAAGGACGAGCAGGACCGCCUCGAGUACAUCUGGACCGACAAGGAGCGCCACCUCGCCGCCCGCAACGGCGGCCGGCCCGCGGCGACGCUGGACCGGUCGGACCCGAUGAAUGCCUUUGGCUUCCACACGCUGGGCGGAUCGCUCAAGGAGGGCGGGCCGUCGGAGCUCGUCUACGGCGCGCAGCUGCGGCGCGAAAUCGUCGAGGCCGAUCCGUCCAUGGCCGACUGGUACGACGACUGGGGCGAGGAGCGCGAGCGCAAGCAGUACGAGAUGUACGACAUCAAGCGGCGCUGGCUCCUCGACAACGAGGAGAGGAUCAAGUCGGAUCCGUUCGACUUGCUCGGGCGCAACUCGGCGUACCGCCACCUCGCCGACGAGAUGGUGGCACAGCAGAGCGGAGCGGAGCAGGUCGUCGACGAUCGGACAACGGCGGCUGCGCCGCCGGCGCCGGUUGCUCCGAUGCCUUCGAUGAGGAAGGUGGCAGUCUGA